GCGGCCACUUCCGCUUCCGCCGGCGAGGUCUCCCAUCCGCAGUCAUGGGUCGCUUCAAGUUUGUCGAUAUUGGUAUCAACUUGACUGACCCUAUGUUCAGAGGAAUUUAUAGGGGGGUUCAAAAGCAUCAAGAUGACUUACAGGAUGUAAUAGAGAGAGCUGUCGAGAUUGGUGUUAAAAAGUUUAUGAUUACAGGUGGAAAUCUACAAGACAGUAAAGAUGCACUGCAUUUGGCACAAACAAAUGAUAUGUUUUUCAGUACAGUUGGAUGUCAUCCUACAAGAUGUGGUGAAUUUGAAAAGAAUAACCCUGAUCUUUACUUAAAGGAGUUGCUAAAUCUUGCUGAAAACAAUAAAGGGAAAGUUGUGGCAAUAGGAGAAUGUGGACUUGAUUUUGACCGACUACAGUUUUGUCCCAAAGAUACUCAACUCAAAUAUUUUGAAAAACAAUUUGAACUGUCAGAACAAACAAAAUUACCAAUGUUUCUUCAUUGUCGAAACUCACAUGCUGAAUUUUUGGACAUAAUGAAAAGAAAUAGAGAUCGCUGUGUAGGGGGAGUGGUGCAUUCAUUUGAUGGUACCAAGGAAGCAGCAGCUGCUUUGAUUGAUUUGGAUCUUUAUAUAGGAUUUAAUGGUUGUUCACUGAAAACUGAAGCUAAUUUGGAAGUUUUGAAGUCAAUUCCUAGUGAAAAAUUAAUGAUUGAGACAGAUGCACCUUGGUGUGGAGUCAAAAGUACACAUGCUGGAUCAAAAUACAUAAAAACUGCAUUUCCUACCAAAAAGAAGUGGGAAAGUGGGCACUGCUUAAAAGACAGAAAUGAACCCUGCCAUAUAAUUCAAAUAUUGGAGAUAAUGUCAGCAGUGAGAGAUGAGGAUCCACUGGAAUUAGCCAAUACCCUAUAUAACAAUACUAUUAAAGUAUUUUUUCCUGGAAUAUAAUUGGUAUAUGUCUUCCACUUUCCAUCAUGUAUGUAAAAUUUCAUAGUAAAACUUACUGAUAGUUUCAAUAAAGAAAUUAUCUGCAA